ACAACAUAUACUGUCUAACACUAAUCUCUCUGUCCCUCUAUAUCUCACUUGGGUGAGUCUGUCCGGUCAACAACGAGUUUAAAGUUUGAUAUCCGUCAUCUAUAUUUGUCUAUAUUCGUCAACCAGCAUUUGCGCUCUUGGGGGAAAGGGGUAUAUUAAAAGAAAAAAAAAAGAUAUACAAGUAAUUGGAACGACAAGGAGACCCAGCAGCAUUACAGAGCGGGCUUUGCAUUCGGCAUCCGAAUCAAGCGCAGUUUUAAAAAAAUGAUGUUGCGCAUUUAGUUUACCCAAUAGCAAGAUUGAAUAAGUGCGCCGAAGUGACAAUCUCGGGGAUUAUAUUGCCUUCCAUACCUUGCUAUAUCUAUCUAACUAGGUCGCUUUUUCUCUGACCAAUCUGUACCAAGCCGUACCAAUCCGAUUGACUGCUCGCGUCAGACUAUGAAAGCUCUCAAGGCCGCUGACAGGCCGUAUUCGCCAGGUCUCGCCAACUCCAACCCCCCAGAAAAAAAGCUAUCUUCUGGCUUCACCCCAUUGCCGCCCAUUCGCCGUACAUCAACAUUCGACCUAUUAUCGAGAAAUAACUUCGACGGAGACGACGACGACGAGACCCCAUCGCCAGUUGGAUCUUCAGAUAAUGAAAUUCCACCAGUACCUCCCAUGAAGGACGGCAUAAAUUACCAACCAAACGGCAAUGGGCAUAUGGCCGACCGGGCACAAGGCGGCGGACAAGUGAACGGCCAAUUUAUUCGAAACCAGAACUUCACCCACUCUCCGCCUCAGCAUCACCCGGGGUUUGCUAACGGCUUUACCCCAGCUCCCAACGGGUUUGCAGCCGGCAGAAGUAUUAGUCAACCUAACGGGUCUCAAUCUCAGGGAUAUGUAGGAGGAGGUCCUGUAGCGUUACCUGUGCAUCCCGGCCAUAAUUUUGCCUCGCAGAUGGAAGGGAAUCCUAUUCAAAAAUUACCUCCAGGUGGUCAAUGGAAGCUAGAGGAGUCUCGCCUUACGGAACCUCUCAUCCAACACAAGGCCCGACCGGGGGCGAAUAGUCCAUCGCAACAAACAGGCUAUUACGCAUAUGAUAAGGAAACCGAAGAGUCGCCUCCUACGAGAGGGCAGGGUCCACCACAACGGCCAAGAAAUAACAGUAAUAGCAUACCGCCUGUCUCAGCCGAUCGGUUUCGUAACCUCAAUCUUUUUGCUCCAGGAUCCCAACCAUCACAUCCGGCGCCCCAACCGCAAGCUGGUCCUGCUCUACCGCCCCGACCUAAUGAAAAUGUAAGUCAAGGACUGCGGGAUGGUCAUGAUGUUGGGCUUAACAAAGAGGCGGAUGUCCACGUUGAUGAGGUCUCGGUUUCGAGUGCUACCAGCGAGGGUCAAAAUAGCACUCGGCGAGGUUCAGGAUUCUUUAGUCUUACCCGCCGGGUCACGGGCGCUGAACAGGAACAGCAAAAUUCAAACCAUAACAAUGCAUCCACCAAGGACAAGGCGGCUUCUUUCCUCGGUAUGUCGUCAAACCAUGUCAAGUAUCAACCAAAUACGAAAUCCGGCCUCGCGUCUUCCUUUGACCAUGAUGAUAAUGCAGAGCCUGCGUCGAUGAGGAAGAGGUUGUCUGAGCUUACGGGAAUGAUAAAAGGUGUUGGGAACGCGAAGGAUGGGACAAAGGAUGACCAGCCAGCUAAACCGACUGGUACGUAUGUUCCAAGACCUAUGAUGCAAGGUCCAAUGCAAGGUCCAAUGCAAAGCCAAAUGCAAAGUCAAAUGCAAGGUCCAAUGCAAGGUUCAGUGCGCAACCAGAUCGGGAAUCAGCCAUUUCAAGGGCAAGCUGGAUUAUAUGCAGCCCCUUCCGGCAUGUUAGGACGGAAUAGUCCCAAUGGACCUCGACCUCCCGAAGGUCAGCGUCCUCAAGGUGACGAAGACCGUGAAAAGAAGCAUGGAUUUUUAGGUGGACUUUUCAACCGGCAAGGGUAUAAGUCAUCAGAAACGAGAUCAGAGUCGAGGCAACCGAGCCAGCUUACGUCGCCGCCCCCUCAGCGGCCACCGCCGCAAUUUCCUCUGCAACCCGGACAACAAGUCCGACCGGGUCAGAUACCCCCGGGACAACAAUUCGGUCCGCAUCCGAUGUAUCCCGGCGUACUUGCCAUGCAACCGGGCUCGUUAGGAGAGCAGCAAGGCGUGCGAAGGCCUAUAGCUCCCGGUUCAGGUCAACCAGAUCCUUCUGAUACUGUCCAGUCACCUACUUCACCCCAAGUUCUUGAAACUGCCCGGUUAGUUCAGAUGCGACGUCCUUCCGAAAUAACAGUCUCUCAGAACCCCCUUACCGGAUCACCACUUUCGCCUAACCAACGACCACCAACGUCUCAAGGAUCGCAAGCCGGUAUGCGACCUGGCACCGCGCAGGAUGGCAAUGUAAGAAAUUUUCCUAGACAGAUGGGAGCCGAUGAUGGAUUUUCUACCUCUGGCCAGCUUCCGAAUGACUUCCAUGCCCCCCCGCGCGCGACCUCCUUUGAAAUGUCUAAUGCUGGUGUAUCUUCAUCGGCAACACGCUCGACUCCGAAUAGAAAACCUGUAGCUUCCGGUCUAUCGAAGCAAGACGGUGUAUCUCUUACUUCUACUCCGACGACACAAAAUUCUAUUCAGCAGUCGACGCCAAACCCAAGUGGAGGUGGUGAUUCAACGCCGGGGUCCGAGAGCCCAGAUGAUGAACAGGGAUUAUCUAAUCAUCUUCCAUCUGGCCAGCAAAGCCCUACCCUUGGCAAGCUAGGACAUGUUCGCCAGACGUCUUUCCCGUCUCCGCCUGCGUUAACUCAGCCUGGCCAAGGAACUCCUACCUCAAUUGGAAGUACCCAAUUCUCUCCCCAAGCGGCGAGGCCCUCGCAGGAUCGGCAGAUUCUAGCACAAUCACACGGGGACUCCCAAGGCCAGAGUUCAGCUGCUGGUGGCUGUCCACAGGAUCAGCGAUCAAGCUCGCCUUGGAGUCCAAAUGUUACCUUCGUCGAUCAACCACGUGCAGGACAUCUACCAAGACCGCUAGCUUCGACUCCUGACCAGGGAAGCACAUUGAGGAAAUUUUUCGGCGUCGAUCCAGACGGUGAGAGUAUUACAUCGGUAAAACCGGCAAAGGAGGCGAAAGAAAAGAAUGCGGCGGCGAGAUUAUUGGGAGCCCUGAGAAGAGGCAAUAAGUCUGAAUCGACGAAGGUUGCCACCGGCCGUCAGACCCCUCCAGUACUACGGCCUGGCCAACAAACCAUCGCAACAAAUGUACCCCGGCCGUCCGUCAGCUCAGCCAACAACCAACCGUUAGGUCCUCAAGGGAUGCAGGGCCCGGUUCGAUCGCACCCUCCAAUGAUGCACGGAGCUGGACGCGGACAAGAACCUCAGUACGCCCAAGUCCCCAUCCCCCGUGGUUACGAGGCUGUUCACGGUUAUGGUCAGCCGGGUAUGAUAGCCCCUUCGCCAUAUAACAUCGGACGACCCAGCCAACCACCCUCGAACCAACAAUUCCCAGCCUUCGUACCGCCUAGCAUUCCUCAAGGCGCUCCGCAACAAUGGGAUCCCCGAAAUGGACCUAUCCCACAAGGUAUUCAAUACGGCCCUCUCCCUGCCCAUUUACAGCCAAAUCACCAGGGUCUUCCACCACAGUUCCAGCAGAGACAGGCAGACUCGCAAUCUACUACACCUACACCGUCCGACCAGGGUACUUUCUUGGACAUGGCGGCUACUCCUCCUCAGCGACCCCGUGAAGACAACGGAUACGAUCCACAGUCAACUCAGGGUGUGCCGCCUCAAGCCAUCGGCGGCCCCGCGUUCCAUCAACCACCAAUUAGGCUUCAGUCCAACCUCCAUCAAGUCCAGACCCAGGAGGCGCAAACCCCCUCUAAUUCGAAUUGGGGCAGCGCUGCAGAAAGCAUCCGAACGGGACAAUCUCCUAGAAAGCCAGGCCCUCCAAUACCCAACGGUAGUCUUCACUCCAAGCCGUCCGACCCUAACGUAUCUCCCCCCAGCGACAGCGAUGAUACGCAACGGUCGCCUCAUCAGCAUAUUGCGACGGCCAUGAAGGGUACUCACGCGCAUCCACAGGCACCUCAGCCUAGCGCUUCGCAAAAUACUCUUCAAUUCAACGCGGGCCGUUCCUUUUCUCCUAUCGUCGCACAGACAAGGGUACCCGGCUUCGCAGGUCAGAACCAAAUGCAGAGCCCACCUCCAAUCCAGGAAUCCGUCAGUCAAGGAAUGCCCAACGGUACGGGCCAUCAUCUCGUAGGCAAAAUGUCGACGACCAACCUGAACGAGCCGCCCCGAAACGCAUCGCUCAGUCCAGACGUCAAUGCAAACCGCGCGACGAAUGUCAGCCCUGAGCCCCCCGCUCCUAUUAGGUCGUCCCCCUACCACCAGGUGUCGAACAACAGCUUGAAUAUCAAUGUUGACCACGCGAACAACCCCAAGGAAAACUACGGGGUGGAGGAUGAUAUUUACGAUGCUACGCCCAGACUGAACAGCACGGUACAGAACCAAGGCCAGUAUCAAGAUCAACUCUCAAUCCAGGAACCAGUGCGCGCAUACGAGAACACAAAAUACGCCGGAUCGGAGAAGAGCCGCACGGGCUCCACGAACGGAGGAGCGGUCGCGGCAGCCGGUGCCGGUGCCGGAAUCGCCGGCGGCGCGGUUGGCCUGGCGGUUACAGCGGACACGAGCAGCAUCCAGGGAUCCGUAGUAGAAGACCCGUCGCCGCCACAGCGGCCUAUUGUCAUGAACGUGCCGGCGGAAGCCGAGGAGAAGAUCGCCGUGGACCAUCCGGUAGAGCUACCCGCGGUGAACGUCGACGACGACGACGGCAUGCCCGUGAUGAGCGCGACGUCGUACCCCGGGCAGGAGUGGAACCCGUACGAAGCCGGGGAGUUUGGAGACUUUGAUAUGUAAUAAAUUCAUUCACGAUGGUUUUCCUUGUUUCGGUUUGGAAAUAUGACACGAUAUUCCGACUUACAAAAAAAAGCGAGAGAAAGAGGGUGGAAAAUAUACCUCUUUACGUCUAAAUAUUUGCGAUGUUAAUAUCGAUGG